UGUGGGAAGAUCCCAACAGAAACUCCACCCGAAAGAGCUCUCGUGGUUCAGGGUCCAUAGCUUACCACAGCUUCCGGUCGCAUGUCCGAUCGUGUACCCUCCAACCCUUUUCCAAACGCCGAAGAGCCGUUCAGUGCCCACGAACAAAACCAGACACACCCGCUCUUCGCAUCCGCCGCCCACGCACACCUCUCUUUUUCCCUCUUCUCUAACCGCCACAAAAGACACACACACACGCGCACACUAACGAAACAUUGCUUUCUCCCCCUCUGUAUUCGUUGCCUACUUGCAAAAUGGCACCCAAGGCAAUCAUAGCUCCGUCGAUUCUCGCGGCCGACUUUGGCCACUUUGGCCAUGCGUGCUCCAAGACCAUAGAGCAAGGCGCUGACUGGCUUCACGUCGAUAUUAUGGACGGCCACUUUGUACCCAACAUUUCAUGGGGACCUGGUGUUGUUGCCAAGAUCAGAGGCCAUGUCGAGAAGCCUAUCGAGACAUGGGGAAAGGGCACAUUCGACUGUCAUAUGAUGGUUUCCGAGCCCAAGAAAUGGGUCAAGGGCAUGAAGGAUGCCGGCGCAGACCUGUACUGCUUCCACUACGAGGCCGCAUUUUCCUCCGACUCCGACAACCCAGAGGUCCAAUCCGAUGAGAAGACGAACCCCCGCGCCCUGAUCCGCUACAUCCACGAGCAAGGCAUAUUAGCCGGCGUCGCCCUGAAGCCCGCAACCUCGGUCGACGUUGUGUGGGAGCUCCUCGAGAGCGAAGAUCCACUCGAGAGACCAGACAUGGUCCUGAUCAUGACAGUUGAGCCCGGUUUCGGCGGACAGAAAUUCAUGGCCUCUGAGCUGCCCAAGGUCCAGGCCCUCCGCGAGCGGUACCCGGAGCUCAACAUCGAGGUCGACGGCGGCCUGACCGGUGCCACCGUCGGCCAGGCUGCCGACGCGGGCGCCAAUGUCAUCGUUGCGGGCAGCGCUGUAUUUGGUGCCCAGGACCCCGCAGAGGUUAUUAAGGUCCUCAGACAAGCCGUCGAGAAGAAGACCGGCAAGCUCUAGAGAUUCGGUAUCCGAGUCCCCACUGCAACAAACCUCCGACUUUUUUUUUUUUUCUCUUUCUCUCUCACGGCCACGUUUUGACGACUUUUCCUUUUUUUGUUGGUUUUUUUUUGUUCUCUAUAAAAAGCUAUGGGAGCCAUGAUUUAUGUUC